AUGGUGAGGAAGAGGCAUUUCCGCGAGAUGGAGCCGUGGGCGCGUGUGGACAAACUGAUGGCGGGGUCCGCGCGGUUGGACGAGAUGGCGGAGGACCAGAGGCUGGGCAACGCGUUCUACGGCGAUUGCGUGUUUGAGCCCAAGGAGAGGGCGCAGAGGACGCCUGCUUUCUACGCUGGGGUGAACUAUGUGCCUCUGGGAUCGCACGUUGAACAGCCCCCACAACAGCAAAUCACAUACCUACCACCCAUUCGUGUCACCCCAAACCGCCCCCAGUGCGAAGACAUACUGCAGGCCAUGACAGCUGAGACCCGUAUAUCUGAGGAAGAGAUGCAGCUAAUAACGGAGGCGCAGAACCUGGGGUGGUCCUGGACGCAGAUUGCACAUGUUUUCAAGGGGCGAACUGCUACACAGUUGAAGCGCAUUUUGGGGGUGCCUGGCAAGGCCAAAAGAUCCAACAACUCCAGGAGGGAAGGAGAAACGAAGCCAAGUGCUUCAGUUCGUGAAAGGGGAGAGAAGCAGCGGCAGGAGCAAGCACCAAGGGGGCCUGCAUCCGCAGAUAUGGCUCAGGCCGGUGGUGCUGCAACAUUGCCAUUCACAAAGAAGCCAGUGGAGAAGAAGGAUGUGGUGAAAGGAGGACAGGGAGAAGCCAAAGGAAGAGAGGAGCAUGAACGGCAUGUCAAUGCACACGCAACGAAUCGUGCUGGUGGUGACGAUCGCGUUACGCUAAAGCGCCCACUUGCCAAACCACCAAAAGGCUUCUCUGGAAUUCGGGAGCAUGGGUUAACAUCCAUGGAGAAUGUCAAGUUCUAUGAGGAGGUCGAUGUCAUUGAUCCAGAUGAUCCCACAAAGGUGUUCAACUUCAAUUUGAAUGAUCCUGCACACUGUGCCUGCUUCAACAUUGGAGUUGGGGAAGAUGGCAGCCCACUGCUUUCUUGGUCAGAUUUGUACUCAUUCUAUGAACUUCCAGAUGGCACAAAAUGGGCAGAGCACGGCUAUUUGUAUGAUGCAGAAGACCUGGAAGAACAUGCAAAGAAGAUAGGAAAGAGCUUUCAACACUUGCCGCCAGCCAACAUGCAUCCGAGGCAGCUGCUAAAAAAGGGAGGACGAUAUCACAGCAAGCUUCAAAACACUGAAUUCGAGGUGGGACAGUCAGCAUGCGACUGUGGACUUGGUACAAAUCUUCUUGGACUGUGCAGCGAUCCUCAAAGUUGGUGUAAUUAUCUUGUCACUGGGCAACAAAAGGGCUUCAGUGACAUUGUGGGCUGA